AUGAAGUGGUUUCCUCACGAAACAAAAUUUACCAAGGAUACAAGUAUGAAUAAUUGUGGAGUUGGAGGGGGGGCAGUAGGUGCUGCGGGAGGAGGAGGAGCAUAUGACGCCAAAAUAGCAGGAUUGUACGAUCUUUUAGACACUCUUGGAUCUGGACAUUUUGCUGUUGUAAAAUUAGCUCGUCAUGUUUUCACCGGUGAAAAAGUUGCUGUUAAAGUAAUUGACAAAAGUAAAUUAGAUGAUGUCUCUAAAUCACAUUUAUUUCAAGAGGUUCGCUGUAUGAAAUUGGUCCAGCAUCCAAAUGUCGUGCGCCUGUAUGAAGUAAUAGAUACACAAACAAAAUUGUAUUUAAUAUUAGAAUUAGGCGAUGGAGGUGACUUGUAUGAUUACAUUAUGAGACACGAAUCCGGGCUAUCGGAAUCUCUUGCUCGUGAUUAUUUCCGCCAAAUCGUUCGCGCUAUCUCAUAUUGCCAUAGGUUACAUGUUGUGCACCGAGAUUUGAAACCUGAAAAUGUAGUAUUCUUCGAAAAACUAGGCAUUGUAAAAUUAACAGAUUUUGGAUUUAGUAAUAAAUUUUGUCCGGGUCAAAAACUGGAAACAUCAUGUGGAUCGUUAGCUUAUUCAGCUCCGGAGAUACUUCUUGGGGACUCAUAUGAUGCACCGGCUGUUGAUGUGUGGUCUCUUGGUGUCAUACUUUAUAUGCUUGUUUGUGGUCAAGCUCCAUUUCAAGAGGCCAAUGAUAGUGAAACAUUGACAAUGAUUAUGGAUUGUAAAUAUACAAUACCACAACAUAUAUCCAAUUCUUGCAAAAGACUUAUUGGAAGGAUGUUAGUAAGGGAACCUGAAAAACGUGCAACACUUUCGGAAAUUGCUACAGACCCCUGGGUAACAGCCGGAGAGGGGGUUACUAUAGAAGAUUUUGAUACACCCUUAGUUGCAAAAGAGCAACUUUCAGAGGAAGACCGCACUGCCAUAAUUCAAAGAAUGGUAAACGGCUCCAUUGCUAGCAAAGAAUGUAUUUUGGAAUCAUUAGAAAAAAAUGAAUACAAUCAUAUCACCGCUACCUAUUAUCUUUUGGCAGAGAGAAAACUUAGAUCUAAAAGGCAGGAGGCGACCCGCAGCGCUCGGCGACCGGAGGUGCUGAGCGUGGCGCGCGGUGCUGCGGUCGCCGCCCCAGCGCCUGCCGCGCGCUCGCUCCUCGCGCCCCCGCCGCUGUCCGCCGCGCCGCGCACCCCGCAGGACGUGCCGCCCAGGUCUCGAAAGUGUAGCAUCGUGCGCGAGGAGGAGGAUGACGAGGAGGCUACGGUCGCUGGCGGCGCUCGCCACGUGGACGCUCGCCGAGGCUCGCGCUCCGAGGGACGUCUGCACCUCGCCGCCCGCGUGGCGCAUCAAGCACCCGCAGCGGCCACCGCCACGCAGCGUCCAGCCUUACUCGCAGAUAAUCUCACCAAGGUGAAUCUCGACGACGAGGCGAGCACAGAAAUGGCGUCGCGCAGUGCUCCACCGGCUGCCCCGCCGCCCGCGCGGCGCCAGCGCCUCGAGUGUCGUCGUCGGCGCACUCGCGCGGGCUCGUGCUCGUCCUCCGACUUAUCAGACGAUGAUUCUGAGAAGAAAAAACGGGCCGCCGAACACUCAGAUUGCCCUCCCGAACGGGCGCGUCGUGAUUCACACGACGAUUCUAGCGAUAGCCAGGAACGCGGCGGGGGCGCUGGCGCUAUAGGAGGAAGCCGCGGAACGAGUCGCGCAACCGCCCCCGCGGCAGCCCCCGCCGAGCGCGGAGCGGGCGGGGCGGCAGGCGAUGGCCGCGCGGGCGGCCCGGCUGGAGCGACAGGCGGCCGCCGGCGUCGUGCUGCGCGUAAGGAGAGUCGCCUGCGGGAAUCACGUUCGUUGAACCGCAUCGCAGAGGUGGAGGAAGCUGGCGCAGGAGCGCGAUGGGGUGGCGCGGGGCUGGUGGCACUAUGUGGGCGACCUCUACUGCGAUUGUUAGCCGCGGCCCGUCCGCCUCCCUCGACUCGCCGUCUGCACGGCCUAUGCUAG